AUGGCUUGCACUGGACUGAGUGAACCGGGGGUUUCCCCUGUCCAACCUCACGAAAGAAAAAAGGCCCGGGCUUUCGUGCCAGGGAGGCUCCCAGCUCCCAGCAGCCAGGGUAGUCAGGGUCAGGUAGGCCCCAAAAGCCAGGGCUGCAUUCCCAGACCCAAAGCCAGACCCAGGCUUACCCAGGCCGAAUACCGCACAUGCACUCACGUCAAGUUGCAGCGAUCCCCUGUUGCUCAUUCUCCUUCUCCAGGCGCCUCCCCCAGCAAUUCAAUUGACCCUCAGUUCAUCUCCAGGUACACACCUACCGGCCUGGCUUCCUACUGGACACUUUUUGCCAUAAUGAAAUGGAAGAUCGGGAACUUGACCGAUGAGGGUUCCAAAGGCAAGCUCCACUCCAUUAAAUCUCUUGACUCGGUCGGUCCCCAAGACAUCCCACCUGGUUUGAAGCACCAAAAGUUGAUCCAAACUUCUGAAAAAGGUCACUGCAGCAGAGAGAAUGUCUGCCUGCCUGUCUGCCUGUCUGCCUGCUUGUCCGUCUACAAAGCAUUGUCAGACUCAGCUCUCUUUUCUGGGAGAUCAUUGGGACCUCCCACCAGAACUCCCAGGGGAAAUCAGGGGUCCUCAGGAUCAACUGGUGCUACUGUCGUGCCGACAAUGAUCAUCAUCAGCAUCCCAGACCAAAAUCAUGAUGUCGAAGAUCAGAUCCUCAGACUACGCUCUUUCCAGGUAUCACAUCGUCUAUUGUCUCACUUGUUUCCCCACAUGCAGAGUGUAUUGAAUACAUUUACGUACCUGCCUGCAUCGGUGUCGACUCAUGGCAGAGAAAUAAUCAACUGGUACGAGCUACCUCCACUUCACCAGAAUCAAGGCCGUGCGAGCCAGGCCGCGCUCAUGUGGCCUAGUGGUGAUUGGAGCUCAUUGACAAACUGCCGUACGAUAUCUUCCUAUGGCUUCAGAACAUGCAUGGUAGAGACCCGUUACAAUGCAACAAGAAAUCACAGAGUCAUGUGUGGUGAUAGAUUCGAAACUAUUGACCCAGGCCGUGACAUAUCAGAAUAG